AUGGCAAUAUGUGAUGAGUUUCUAUGCUGUUCAAGAGCUUUGUCAAAUCCUCCCUCUAUGACGGAAGUCACCAUCUUUUAUAGAAGCAGUCAGAGUGGUGUUUCUCCUAUAAUAUUUUAUAGUGAAACUGAUCCUGUUCUUGAAUGCCGUGGUCUUCGGAAUAGGUUCAAGAAUUGGCAACGAUUGAGAAAGCAUAAACUUACAGCAAGCACUUUUGCUAUGGCUGUUGACUUCUGGCCUCGUAGAAGAAUCCAACUAUGGCUAGAGAAGCUUGGUGCAAUCGAACCAUUCGCUGUAUCAUUUCCUGAAUUCCAGGUCUACCGGAAUGAUAAUUGGCUUGCAGCUUCCCCUGAUGGAUCUUUUGACAGCCUUAUUUAUGGCUUGUCUUCUGUCGGGGUUCUUGAGAUCGAAUGUCCAUUAUUUGAUGGUGAUAAGAGCAAAGCUACCCCUUGGAAACGAAUACAACUUUAUUAUAUUCCACAAGCUCAAGGUUUGAUGGAAAUUCUGGACCGAGAUUGGAUGGAGCUUUACGUGUGGACUUUGAAUGGCCGUAGUUUGUUCAGUUUACACCGUAAUAAGGAAUAUUGGGAUGUCUUGAAGAUGCCGUUGUCUGAUUUCUGGUGGAAACACGUCCAACCCGCGAAAGAGGAGCUUAACUUGGAGGAAGAGAAAAAGUUAGUCAGCAUAAAAGCUUUAGGAAGACCAAGGAUUACCUCAAAAUUGGCCUCUCCAGUUAUAAAUCUUUGA